UGACAAAAAAAGAAAAGAAAGAUCAGAUCGAUUUCUGGAGCCAUAGGCGUCGCACGACGAAAUCGGGCUGCCGACCGCAGGACAGAAAGAAAGAAACCCUACAUCGCGCGAGAAGGGAAGAGGAGGACGAAGGACGACGAAAAAUCAAGAUAUGUGAGCAGUUGUUAAAGCAGGAUGAACAACGACGCGUUUGACGGGCAGAUACUAGCUGAGAAGUUGUCAAAACUCAACAACUCGCAACAAAGCAUUGAAUCUCUCUCGCGUUGGUGUAUAUCCCAUCGGAAGAAAGCAAGACAGAUUGUUGAAACAUGGGAUAGACUGUUCAACUCUUCUCAAAGAGAGCAGCGUGUUAGUUUUUUAUAUUUGGCAAAUGAUAUUUUGCAAAAUAGUCGGCGGAAGGGUAGUGAGUUUGUGAAUGAAUUCUGGAAGGUUCUUCCUGCAUCUCUGAGACUUGUUUAUGAAAAUGGGGAUGAACUUGGGAAGAAAGCAGUAACAAGACUUGUUGGCAUAUGGGAGGAAAGAAAAGUGUUUGGUUCUCGGGGUCAGAGUCUUAAAGAUGUAAUGCUGAGUCAGAAUCCUUCUUCCGCGUUGCUGAGCAAUGGAAAGAGCUCAAAUCCUAUCAAAAUUGUCAAACGAGAUGCUCAUUCAGUUAGAAUUAAAUUGGCUGUUGGUGGUCUGCCAGAAAAAAUACUGACUGCUUUUCAAUCUGUUCUUGAUGAAAAUGUCAACGAAGAAUCUGCUUUAAGCAAGUGUCACACUGCUGUAUCUCAUGUGAGCAAAAUUGUUGAAGACAUUGAAAAUGCUUCAAGUCAAGGGAAUCAACUUAGUUCUACAUUGGUGGAUGAUCUACGAGAGCAAGAAAAUGUCCUAUACCAAUGUGUUGAGCAACUUGAAAAUGCUGAAACAGCCAGGGCUGAAUUGGUUUCUCAGCUUAGAGAAGCACUUCAAGAACACGAAUCGAAGCUGGAGGUUAUUCGCUCUCAGUUGCAGGUUGCCCGAGGUCAGUUUGAGCAAGCAAGCAGUAUCAGAAAAAGGGUGACAUCAUCAAUUCCUGCUGGGCCUUCAACCCCCAACAUCAUUCCUCCAACAGAAGCUAUGAAAGUCGUGGAACAAAAUGUGCCUUCGGUUGAGCCAAUCAGCACCCUACCCCGACCUCCUCUUACACAACCUGUUGUUUCUUAUGCACCUCUGAGAGCAACAGAUGAAGAGAGCAAGAAAGCAGCGGCAGCUGCUGUUGCAGCAAAGCUUGCUGCCUCAACAUCUUCUGCACAGAUGCUGACCUCUGUUCUUUCAUCCCUUGUUGCUGAAGAAGCUGCCUCCAUGAAUGGUAACCUAAAAUCUUCUGGAUUCACAUCAGGCUUGUCCAUUUUCUCUCCAGAAAAACGGCAAAAAGUAGAAAAACCAAUGGCUGUUUCUGAUGGUAGCUACUCUGAUGCGGGUGGCAUGCCUUAUUUUGCCCCUCUACAGCAGCAACCUGGGAAUAAUGUACCACCUACCAGCGUGCAAUCCAUCUCCCAGCCCAGUCAGGUCCACUCUUCAUAUGCUGCACCUCCACCUUUACCACCUCGCCCACCUUUAUCUCCAGCAAAUCCGUCGGCAAAUCAAUUCGUCCAGUCUGCUGGCAUGAUGGUUGGGGUGAUGCCUUAUGGAUACGGGGCUAAUGCAUUGCCACCUCCACCCCCACUACCUCCACAUAUCACAAUGGGUUUAGCAAGGCCUGCUCCACAGCCUCCACAGCAGCUGCAGCCUCAGCCACAGCAGUCCCAGGAACAGCAGUCCCCGGCGAGUGGGGGAUAUUAUCGACCACCAGGUAUUGGAUUCUACGGGCAAAGCCAUCAACCUACAACACCACCGGUACCUAGGCAGUGAGUUGCUCUGUUUGGACGAAUGGGCUUCUAAGAGACCAUGAACUGUGAUUUGGUGACCUAUGGACAACUUUCUGUAACAUAGCCAGUUCCUGCAGUAAACCCCUUCGAAUAUCUUAGGCCGGAGGGUUCCUCUGUUAACAUGUGUUAUACUAUGUAAACUGUAAAGUAAUAGAAAUUAAGUAGGUUAUCCUUUAGACUUCAUUUGAAGUCUGCUCAUUUGAUGGGAUGAGAGGUUCUCACUUGUGAGAAUUUUAUUUGAUAGCGCUAUAUAUCUAAUCCUAUG